UCUUGUUCCCUCUAUAAAAUGGACUUUGCAAUCUCGCCACAAAACAUCAAUAAACACAACAACAACAAAACAAAAAAAAAAUAAAGGAUAAACAAAAAGAGAAAAUAAAAUAAAAUUUUAUAGAAAAAAAUAAUAAAAGAAUAAAAAUGGUGGGUUUUCGCAGAGCAAGAGGAGUGCUACUUGUGGUGCUCGUAGUUAUGGCAACCACAUUAGCAAACGGGACACCAAUAGUCGAUAAAGCAAAGGAUGCAGCUAAAUCAGUUGGCGAUAAAGCGAAAGAUACAGCUGCAGCAGUUGAAGCUAAAGCGAAAGAUACAGCAGCAGCAGUUGGAGCCAAAGUACCCGGAGCCAAGGCAGGCGGUGCAUCAUCUGAUGUUAAAGCAUUAGGAGCCAAAGGAGACGGCAAAACUGAUGAUUGUGCGGCAUUUGGAGCUGCAUGGAAAGCAGCGUGUGCAGCAGGAGGCACAAUUAUAGUGCCAAAAGGUGAGUAUUUGGUCGAGGCUCUAGAGUUCAAGGGUCCAUGCAAAGGUCCAGUCACUAUGGAAUUGAAUGGCAAUCUAAAGGCUCCGGCUGCAGUCAAGUCUACUAAACCUCAUUCGGGAUGGGUUGAUUUCGAAAAUAUUGCUGAUUUCACUUUGAAUGGGAACAAAGCUAUUUUUGAUGGUCAAGGUGCCCUCGCCUGGAAGGCCAAUGACUGCGCCAAAACUGGAAAAUGCAACUCUCUCCCCAUCAACAUCCGAUUUACGGGUCUAACAAACUCGAAAAUUAAGUCCAUUACAUCAACAAACAGCAAACUUUUCCACAUAAACAUCCUUAACUGCAAGAACAUAACUCUUGAGGAUAUUGGUAUUAAUGCACCUCCGGAGAGUCUCAACACCGAUGGUAUCCACAUCGGAAGGUCCAACGGUGUCAACAUAUUAGGUGCAAAGAUUAAAACCGGAGAUGACUGCGUGUCCAUUGGAGAUGGUACUGAAAAUCUCAUUGUUGAGAACGUCGAAUGUGGACCAGGACAUGGUAUUUCCAUCGGAAGUCUUGGAAGGUACCCUAACGAGCAACCCGUGAAAGGAGUCACAGUGAGGAAAUGCCUCAUCAAGAACACUGACAAUGGAGUUCGCAUCAAGACAUGGCCUGGAUCUCCCCCCGGUGUUGCCUCCAACAUUCUUUUCGAAGAUAUCACAAUGGACAACGUUAGCACUCCCGUUCUCAUCGACCAAGAGUAUUGUCCUUAUGGCCACUGCAAAGCUGGGGUACCAUCUCAAGUGAAGUUGUCGGACGUGACUAUCAAGAACAUUAAGGGCACAUCAGCGACAAAGGUGGCUGUGAAACUAAUGUGCAGCAAAGGCGUGCCUUGCACCAAUAUUGCCCUCUCUGACAUCAACUUGGUCCACAACGGUAAAGAAGGACCAGCUGUCUCGGCAUGUUCUAACAUCAAGCCUGUUCUCACCGGAAAGUUGGUUCCAGCGGCUUGCACUGAAGUAGCUAAACCGGGUCCUUAAGCUGCUUGUCCACCAUCCAUCCAUCCAAUCUUACAAACUAGAGUGCGAUGAAGAAAUUUUGCAAUAAUCUUCUUGGUUUUUUAAAAAUAAUUAGAUAAUAGUCCUUGAAGUUUGAAGCUUAUAUCAGCUAAAGAGUGAUUCAUGUUUGGGUAGUAAUUUUUUUGUAAUUCGCAAUAUGCGAGUGUUUAAAUUCAUUUUUAUUAAAUAAUAAUAACC